UGAUCGCCCUGCCGUCAACGCGCAACACGAAGGGGCGGGGUUUCGUUGAGAAGCAAAACAGAUAGUGACCCGGAACCGGGCGUCGCAACUUACCCUGGCUGAGAAUAGGUGACCCAGCACCACGGAGAACUGGACAACCCGACACCCUAUGAGAGCAUACAGCAGGGGGCGCUGCAGUGCACAGGGGCACAUUGUCUCUAUGAGGUCUUCUUAUGGGCUCUGUAUGGUGAAGGGGAGCUAGGGAUUAGUUAGUAUAUGGCAGGAGCCUAGGCACAGGACAAUAGGGUGGCAGAGACAGAGGGGCUGACAGCUGUAAUAGAGACAUUAUUGUUGUAGUGUGUCAUUCAGUGUCACAUUAUACCUUGUAUAAUGCUUAAUGUAAUAUUGUAAUAUAUCACUUGCUGAUAACUUAAUAUUUGUAAUUAUCACUUGGGAACAUAUUACUGUAAUAUCACUUGUAAUAACACAUUGUAAUCUAUCACUUGCUGAUAGUGUAAUAUUAUAAUAUACCACUAGCCUAGGGUACCGCUGAGCCUAACACAGGAAACCCUUCUGGUGACAUUCCUGUAGUGAGUGGGAUACAAGGAACAUAUUCUUUUAUAGUUAUAAAUAUUACAGUUUUGGGGUACCAGGUUGUGAAAACAAGAAGUGGGUGACAGCCACAGCUCACCUCUCAUCCUGGGUUAUGAGGUGAGAGCGGAUCCCUUUUCCCUUCCCCUCUCUCUCCUGCCCCUUCCCUGGCCCCGUUUCUGUUCCCAGUAUGUCUCGGUGGCUUUUUCCAUGGUCCAGCUCUAUCAAGACUCGGGCCUGCAGGUACCUUCUACAGCAUUACCUGGGUCACUACUUGGAGGAGCGGCUGAGUCUGGAGCAGUUGAGUUUGGACCUUUACAAUGGAAGCGGACGUCUAACUGAUAUACACCUAGAUAUUUUGGCUGUGAAUGACCUCUUGGACUCAGCAGGGGCUCCACUGGAGAUUAUCGAUGGCUUUAUUGGCAGUAUCUCGGUUACCAUCCCUUGGUCAGCACUUGUCACAGAAAACUGUACUCUGGAGGUGUCAGAACUCCAGGUGACUUGUCGACCCAAGUAUAGGGCCGCUUCAGCAGGGGCGGAAUCUCAUAGCUGGUCCUCAUGUAUGACCACCAGCAUGCAGCUAGCCCAGGAGUGCCUGAAGGAGCAGGCAGAAGAGCCUUCCGAGCCCCCACAGCCCAUUGAAGGAUUGGAGAUGUUUGCCCAAACAAUAGAAACAGUGUUGCGGAGGAUUAAGGUUACCUUCCUAGAUACCAUCAUCAGAAUUGAGAAUACGCCGCCAGAGUCUGCCACAGGGACUGCUCUGGAGAUACGCAUCAAAAGACUAGAUUAUUGUGAUGAGGCCGUAAGAGACACUGGUCACACUUUUCCAGUGGACAUCCAUCAGCCUCCAGCUUUCAUCCAGAAGAUCCUGCAGCUCAGUGGUGUUUCACUCCAUUAUGAAGAGUUCAAGAAUAGGAGACACACACCUUCUCCUACUUCUGCCCCUGAGGACCCGCCUGUACUGACUAAGCACACCGAACCUCAGCCUUUGCAUCCUUCGGGGCUUCCCAGUCGACCUGCACAGCCCUCGCUACCCGAUUCCCCAACCCUCCAAAUAGGCAGCUGUUCUGGGUGUACAGAACUGAUUAUCAAGCUGAAACAGAAUGAUAUGUUUCCAGGACCAAAGAUGGAGAUUGAUGGGAAGAUCGGGUCUCUACACUUGUUCCUGAAUCCAUGUCAGAUAUCUAAUUUGCAACUAUUAAUGGAUGCCUUGAGUAUUUCAGAAUCGAGCAGUAUUAGGGAGAAGUUGCUAAAAAGUCGUCCUUUGGACAUGGAGGAUUUGAAGUUGAUAGAACAGGAUCUCAACCAGCAGCUGCACUCGGGACCUGGUUCACUGUUUAUGCCAGAUCCUGAACUUGUGCCUUUCCAGACUUUGGAGAAUGGAGAUAUGUUUUUCUCUAUGGUAGCUAUGACAAAUAGUGUCAGUUCUGUCCGAUCUACAACUGAGAUGUCAGACGUGGAUCUUGACUCUUCGAUUUACAGUGAUUACAGCAGCCAUCAAUUUCAGGGUCCAGCGUUUACUCCUGGGUUAAUGAUGAACAGCCCUAGACAAUAUGGAAAUUCACCAUUUUCCGCCACCAUCCCACCACUGCAAAACCUCAACAAAAUACAAGGUAAACAGUCUUCCACUGCUCUUCUGGAGCCGCUGAAACCUGAGAUGUUUAUGAAGCUGACAGUGGGUGGCCUUACCAUCACUGUGCCCCACAUUCCUUCUGAAGCCAGUGCCCUGCAGGAUCCAGCUUGUCGAGAAGCAGCUAAUCACUUUUUUAAGGAGUUGGGGUAUUUCAAAGACGCAGCGUUCAGUGGGCGAGACUUUGGUCAUCUUCGAGAGCAUUUCCAAAAGGCUUGCCAGCUGAGCAGUGUCAGGGCCACAGCACUAGCAGUUCAGAUAGUCUAUGAGCAGAAAACUGGUAAAGGGGCACAGCAAAGCAGCGUUGACCUCAGUUGUGGAAUGUUGGAGAUUUUGGAAUGUCUCUGGCAAGUGGACCAGCCUUUCAGAAAAAGUAAAAAUCCAGACUAUACAGAGCUCAUGAUAUUCAAUAGCCCUGCUUCCUCUUCUCGUCCCUGUGCCCAAGUACACUACAAGCGGAUUCACAGGACACCGUCCAGAAGCAGCCGUAAGAAGCAGGCGGUAAAAGUCAGUGCAGAAGUCAGAGUGGAGCUGGAAGACUUUAAGACUGAUUUAGACCUAGGUCUUAUCGAUCGGCUGGGUUCACUGUUCCAGGAUGGAGCCAAAAAAGUUGCAAGUCCUACCGGGCACUUUGAUUUGCACCUGAGUGAUGUCACCCCACCUCCUGAAGAAGACACUGUGAUCUGUGUGUUGGCUUCUAAAGCACAAAUCCAUCUCCAAUUCCCUGUACCGGACCUAAGGCCUGUUGCAGAGCGUCGUUCAUGGACAGAAAAGGCUCUCCGGAGGGAAUGUCUAGAGAUGGAGGUGACAGAUAUGGAGAUCAGCACACAGAGAAGGACAGGCACAGAGGUUCCCUGCAAGGUAGAGAUCACAUUCGGAGACCUACAUGGUGUAUACACAGAUGGUGACAAACUUCGCGUUCCUUGUAUGAAGAUCAGUAAAGGCGUAGAUCCUCUGGCCAAAGCAAGCGGAAAGAAAUUCAUAUUCCCUAGCAUUUUAGUGACCCUCCUUCCCAAGAUUGAGCCAUCCCCAUGGGAUCUGAACCAGGACAAGAUUGAAGACCCAGACCUUCCGUCUGUAGAAAGCCCUUGUGAAUUGAAACAACCUGAGCCUUCCCCUUUCUCCUCUAAGAGGACUAUGUUUGAAACAGAGGAGAUGGUUAUCCCUGCUGACCCAGAAGAAAUGGCAGAUUUCCAGCGAGUGACACUGGGAUCCUCCCAGUAUACACUUGAGGUGACUCUGCCAAGAGCUCACAUAUUCCUCCCCAGCAAGGACAUGUAUGAAAAUUUGUACAACAGGUUGUGUAAUGAUCUCCUGAUGUGGGAACCUAUGUCUGUAUUUGAUGCCGCUAUGACCGAAUCCCUGUUCCCUACUGAAACACUCUCAACUUCCACCUAUCAGCAUGACACAUUCCGCAUGUGCAAGUCUGCAUUCAGACUGGAUUCUGAUUCAGAGGAUGAAGAGUCCCAUUUCUACUCUGUGGAUGAGGCCGCAAGGUUCAGAAAAGGGAAACCAGAAGGCCUCAGUUUCUUCUCUACUUCUGUCAGCAUUUUGAGGGGGCGCAUUACGGCUUGGACUGAAACCAAGAAUGAGGGAACGAAGAAGCUGGACGGGCAACAUGGUGAAGUAGUGCUGGAUGUAGAAAAUGGGCGUAUCUUCAGUGUCUCAAAGUACAAAGGGAAAACGGACCUCAGCUAUCUUUGUAUUGAGUCUGACUUCGUAUCGCUUUAUCACAAAGCUGCGGUAGAAGAUUACUUACCACCCAGUGUUCUAGAAAUACCCACUUUUGUUCCACCUGCAAACUUGAAUCCAACUAUUUACAUCUCAGAUGAGGGUGUCUCUGCUCAGCUCUCAGGCAUCCGAAAAGAUAAGAACCCCAAGAUGCUCUCACUUGCUGUUCGUAUUGAUCUAAACCUAGUGAAGAAUGUUAAGGAGUUUUUGGUGGCACUUAGGCUAGAUGGGGCUACUCUGCGUCACCACAUGGCAUUGCCCAAUCAAAGCUGGCAUAGUCAGAUCAUGGAUUUCCUAGAUGUAGUUGAUGAACCCAUUUUGGGGUACAGUCCUCCAGCUGUUAUUACCAUACUUCACACCCAUCUCUUCAGCUGUGCUGUGGAUUACAGGCCGCUCUACCUCCCUGUCAGAGUCCUGCUCACAGCAGAAACAUUCACUCUGUCCAGUAACAUUGUGGUGGACACUGCAACCUUCCUGCUCAGGUUUAUUUUAGAUGACUCUGCUCUUUAUCUAUCAGACAAAUGUGAAGCAGAUGUAAUCGAUUUAAAGAAAGAUUACGUGUGUGUCCUAGAUGUGGAUCUACUGGAGUUGGUCAUCACUACAUGGAAGGGAAGUUCUUUCUCCAAACUGACACAGCCUCUUUUUGAACUUCGCUGCUCUAACAACGUCCUCCACAUUCACACCUGCGCUGACUCCUGUGCCAUGCUUGCAAACCUCACACAAUAUGUGAUGAACAAUGGGGAUCUGCACUGUCCCUCGAAACCUGAGCCACCAACUGAGAUUGCAGGACAGAAGCUUCAGCCUCCAGAAGGUCCAUCCUCACUCCCUUCGUGUUUGCCUGCAGAGACCGCCCAAAUUAACCAGGGAGACUUGACUGAUGCUCUAAUAGACACAGGCAGGAGCAGCAGAGAACAUUCAGAAUCAGGAGACCCCCUUUUCCGGCAGAAUUCCCCUGUGUCUGUUUACCUCUUCCCUGAAGAAGCUUCCUCAGGGAACAGAUGUGAGACCAAUCCUCUAUCUCCUCCACCUCCUGAUUCUCGGGUAUCACAAGAGAUCCUCGGAGGCUCAGACACGAGUGGUGACAGCGAGCUGACAGACACGGAUGAUUUCUGUAUCCUUGAUGCCCCUGGUAUUGGUGUGCCACCUAAAGAUGGAGAGCCUGUGGUUAGAAAACUAGUGGACUGCCCCAUAUUUGUGAAGGACGGACACUUUUCUCGUCCACUAGGAAGUACUGACUUGCUGAAGCCUCCAGCUAAAUUCCCUGUACCAGAGACGCGCAUAGUUCUUAGAGAGAUCUCUGUGGUGUGGCACUUGUACGGCGGCAAGGAUUUUGGUAGCAGCCGACCCAACUCUGCUAGGGCUCAAUCACCAAGGUCAAGAGCAAGUAUGGCAAGUUCCCGUGGUUCUCCAUCCCGAUCCUCUGUCACCAACCGUCCUCAGAACACAUGGAGAACACAAGGAGGGAAUUGCAGGAUUCAUGACAUAUUAAUGGAAAUCCAGCUGACCAAAGUGAGCUUCCAGCAUGAGUCAUACCCAGCACCUUCCGAGGCUGGGACAGAGAAGCUCCAAGUUGGAGAGGUGGAAGAAGUCCUCAUUGCACGUCAAGUGUUUAUAGUUCAAGAGUUGGAGAUCAGGGACCGUCUGGCGUCAUCCCAUAUCAACAAGUUUUUGUACUUGUACACCAGUGAAAAGAUGCCUCGGAGGGCUCACUCAAACAUGCUCACUAUUAAAGCCCUCCAUGUACGUCCUGAAGCUGGGUUGGGGGGACCCGAAUGCUGCCUACGAAUGUCCUUAAUGCCACUUCGCCUAAACAUUGACCAGGAUGCCCUAUUCUUCCUCAAAGAUUUUUUCACCAGUUUGGCUUCUGGUAUUCAACCUGUGGUUCCCAUGGAGCUAGGUUCAGAUGCUUCUCACUUGGAAAACAUACGCAAGACAAGUGCCUCUGAGUGUGAAUCAGGACUGGAAGCCUCAUUAGAUUCCAAUGAGGAGGACACCUCCUCUCUCAGCUCAGCAUCUGAUCAGCCAAUUUAUUUCAGAGAAUUUCGCUUCACCUCGGAGGUGCCAAUAUGGUUGGAUUACCAAGGCAAGCAUGUUACCACAGAGCAGGUGGGUACAUUUGCUGGAAUAUUAAUAGGACUAGCCCAGCUGAACUGCUCUGAACUGAAACUCAAGAGGCUGUACUGCAGACAUGGGUUGCUUGGGGCAGACAAGGUUUUCUCAUAUGCUCUCAAUGAGUGGCUGACUGACAUCCGCAAGAACCAGCUGCCUGGAAUUCUGGGAGGAGUGGGCCCUAUGCAUUCUGUUGUACAGCUAUUUCAUGGUGUGCGAGAUCUCUUCUGGCUGCCCAUUGAGCAAUACAGGAAAGAUGGGCGCAUUAUUCGUGGCUUGCAGAGAGGGGCGGCAUCGUUUGGCACCUCCACUGCCUCUGCGGCACUAGAGCUCAGCAAUCGGCUAGUGCAAGCUAUACAGGCCACUGCAGAGACUGUCUAUGACAUUUUAUCUCCAACGCCACCUGUUUCACGUUGCUCUCUCGAUGUUAGACAGUCACGUAGACUAAGGAGGGGACAGCAACCAGCCGAUCUAAGGGAGGGCGUGGCAAAAGCUUACGAUACUGUGCGAGAGGGUGUUAUUGACACUGCUCAGACCAUACGUGACGUAGCAUCACGUGGUCACGAACAGAAGGGACUGACCGGUGCCGUAGGCGGAGUCCUGCGACAGAUACCACCCACUGUUGUGAAGCCAUUCAUAGUGGCCACUGAGGCUACAUCCAAUCUUCUAGGUGGAAUGCGAAACCAGAUACGACCCGAUGCCCACAAAGAGGAUGCUCUUAAGUGGAGGGCAGAUGAGGGGCAAGACUGAAAAGGAAAAAGGAAACUUUGUCGUCCUCAAAGUGCCAAAGGAAAGCUGCAAUAUGUGACUAUGCUUGGCGUAUACUGGGUCUACGUAUCGAGCUGCUAAUGUCUCUGCAUGACCAUAUGGACAGUUAAAGCCACUCCUUUAUAGUACUUGGACUAGCCUACUUGAUUUUAACCUUUAAGCCUUCUAUUAGGUAUUUUUUAUGUUACCUAUUUUCUGUAAACUUCUCUGCUCAUGUAUAUCUAUCUAUAAACUAAUUUAUCUACAAGCCCUUCAUUCUCUGUAGCUCUUCCAACAGUGGCUCAUCACAUAAGGCAGUGACUUUAGUAGAUUAACUACUUAAACAUUUUUCAACGGCAACGGUGGCCUUGACACAGUGACCCAUGUUUUCUGGACGCAAGCUGGGCAUUAUUAUUAUUCGUUGCAGCAUUGACGUUUGUUCUAAUUUCACAGCCUUAUUGUAUUAAUGAUGAAACGGUGUGAUGAGACUGUUAUUUCCUAUGAAGGUACCCUCAACACACAGAGUUCAGGCUCAGAUCACUGCAGACUGUCGCUCUUUAAGUCCCCCUCUCCUACCACAAUGCUUUCUUUUGAUUGUACGGCCAAAUAAGUAUGAAUAAACAAAAAUGAUUCUGUAAAGCAUUCGCAGUGACAUGCAAUCGAGGCUGGCAGCCCCACAGAACCGCUGUCCAGAUGUGCAUGUUUUUAAGGCUGGUCAGUGGAUACAUUUUUAUUUUAUUUGAAAAGUGGAAAAUGGAAACAGAGUGAAACAAAAUGCUGUUUUCUCACACUGUGAUAUUGUUCAUAGUCAAAAUACAAGUCUCUCCCUCCCUCUGCACAGUAAUAAGAGUAUUUGCUGGUUUUACAAAUUACCUUUGACUCUCAAAUGAAGAAUAGUGUCUGGCUUUAUGAUGGGAUGAAAGUGGACAUUACAUACUUAGCAGGAUAGCCUGCACCACCCGCUGCAGGUGAUAUUGAUCUGAGUCCAUCAGCCAGCCUCAUGAUGUAGUCGUGUGAUAUGACAUUUCAUCCCAUCAGAAUGCAGAGUAACAGACAAAGAAGAACCCUGCAGGUCAGUGUUUGUGUUGUGCUUGUUAUUCCAAUGGCCUCGUAUCUUCAUAGAAGACCUUUUAUCACUAUGGAUUGUCCCACUCCUCACACUUCCAGCAUGUGUAAUACUGAGGGAACUUUGUCCCUCGCAUGGGUAAAUUGCUGAAACCCAAGUCCACCCGACAGUGAUUUGUUGACCUGGUGCAGUCCACAUUUCUAUGGUUUAGUAUUGUGAAGAAACCACAGACUCUCUCCUAUGAGUUCAUAGGUCUCUGUUUCUCUGCAGUUUUUGUGGCAUUGCUGAUACCUCAGCGCUUAGAGAUCAUUCUUUUCCCCAUUUGUAGCAUUCCCUUCUGAUUCCUUUUUUGGUAAAGUCUUCUCCUUUGCCAUGUUCUCAUCUUCCAGUACAGAGCUGUCUCCAGCCUCUUCUCUUCUCUCAUCUAACAUGCACAUGAUGUCUCGUAUAGUGUCAAUUAGGUUUUUCAGCCCCAUCAAGUAGCCAUCUUCAUGGGUUCCAGGUUCCCAGGGCACGUCAUGGCGAAGGGUUAUGUGCGAUGGUGCUGGAGAUGUUUUGCCAAAAUCAAUCAUCCAGACAUUAGAGAAGCCUCGACGAUCAUGAACAAACAGGAGCGAACUGCCAAUCACCUGAAACAAAGAAUGCUAUGUCAUUCACAGCCACAAUAAUAUGAAAUGGCAAUUUACACAGGGCAUGGCGAACGGCUUUACUCCUGGUGGGCAAACACUAACAAAUGAGCAAUGGCACAACGCAUCACUGCUUCACAAAUUUAUAUUGGUAUGCAGUUAUUGGAAGCAACAAUACAUAAAGAGUAUGCAAAACUGUCCAGUAUACUGUAUGUACUGGUGCCAGGGGGGGAAAUCAUUUGUGAAACUGCUGAUAUACAUAAAUAAUAAAUACUAAUGCUGCUGUAUACAACUACUCUUUCCUAGUGGGUUUUAUAAGGAUGAUCUGAUUGCCCCCUAUCUGUAAAAACAAGCACCUAGGGGGAAUAUUUAGGCUCCAGUUACUGUUACAUGUAGUCACAUGUCAAGGACCAGAAAACGACUCUGCUUCAGAUAAAGGUGUGUUUGAAAUUCCAUUUAACACCCAAAGACCCUGUUAUUCAGAAGUAUUACUAAUCCUAGCUUUACUUACAUGGAAAUGUUCAUGGUGAUUCGGGCUGUAGUUAAUAUCUUGGAGGUCAGAAUACCAACGCCAGGAUCCUCCCAACCAAUGAGAAUGCAGACAGCUGCACCAAGGCUAUUCCCACUCAUGGGUGUCCACGACACCCAUAAAGUGGAAAUAGAACCUGUGGCAUGCGUAGCGAGCCAGCAAGGGACUUUGUAGCACUCGCCCCGCUGCCGGCAUUUUGGCGGCCAGGAUCCCAGUGUCGGUAUUCUAACCUCCGGGAUUCCAUCCCCAACCCGGUGAGUCUUUCUUCCUUACAUCCUACCAGCCCAUGCUAACCACAGCUCCCAUACAUUGCAUUGAUUUCACCUCAGCUGUGAUUUAACCCUAGUGAUAGAAUAAUAUAGGUUUCCCCAUAUGUUUACAGGAAGGAAGACUGGUGAUAAUAGUUUCCCCUUUGCCAAUGUGUGUACAACAGAUAGGUACAAGAUGUCUUCCAUAUAGCUAUAGUUGUACUGAGCAUUUCUGUCAUGGCUGGAUCACAGGGAAACCAUUGUAUCUACAUUGUAUUUUACACAUGGGUUUGUUGUUGAAGCAGAACAGUCUUCAAAUCCUCUAAUUUUCCCAUCUUUCACCUCUCUUAAAGUAUUCCAUCAGCAAAGCAUGGUAACUGGCAGUUUCCAUUAGAGCCACCACUAGUGUUCGCUGCUUAUUGUAUGUUUUUAUAUUGUGUAUUUGUUCAGGGCUUCCCCACAUUGUGAUCUUUGGAUGGAGUAAUAUGUUCCAGCUGAAAAGGGAACUAGUAAGGAAUGUACUCAGAUCAGUUGCCAAGCUGGUAUGUUGUAGGUAUUCUAACAGCACAGCUACAGAAAGCACACAGACUAGAUAGAGUACACUCUCUGAUGGCUGAUAAGAGCAGUCCACCCUCUUAUUACAACACACGGAUGAUAACAAUGAAUGAAUAAUAAAAACAAAAUUCUUUUACCACUGCACCUAUGACUUUAAAAGCUAGUAUGCCUCCCUGUGGUCCAUCUAUCACUGUUACACUGAUGAGUGAAUUGGGCAUUUGGCAGAGCAGCCAAAUAACUCCACCAUUUACCUAUCUGUCGAGAACACAAACUUCCUUCAGGCCUUUGUCCCCUCCUGAUGUUGUUAUCAACUCGCACAUUGGCAUUAACUGUGGAAAGAGAUUUAUUUCGGUCUUUUGUGCUAGUCUGGAAUUGUUGAACAGUUUGGGGCUCGUGUACAGUUUGACAUAAAUACAAUUGGUGUUUUUUUUUCUCUCA